AUGUGGCCACCCAGACCGGCCUUCACCGAGAAGGACGUUGGCGAUCUGUCUGGCAAGGUGAUGGUGGUCACAGGCGCAAAUGCCGGAAUAGGCAAGGAGCUGGCAGGUCUGCUCUUCUCCAAGAAUGCUCGAGUAUACAUGGCAGCGAGGUCUGAGGCGAAAGCAAAGGCUGCGAUCGAGUCAAUCCAGGCGGCUCAUCCUCGAUCCAAAGGCGAGCUCAUCUACAUUCAUCUCGAUCUGGCCGAUCUCACCACGGUCAAGGCAUCCGCCGAUACUUUCUUGGCCAGAGAGGACCAACUUCAUAUCCUGUUCAACAAUGCUGGUGUCAUGACGCCGCCCCAGGGCUCCAAAACCGCUCAGGGCUACGAGCUGCAACUCGGAACCAAUAAUGUCGGGAGCUUUCUCUUCACCAAGCUGCUCACACCAACCCUGGUAGCCACCGCCAAACAUAGCCCCAAGGAUACCGUUCGGGUCAUCUGGGUCGCGUCAUUUGCGGUGAUCCUCUCUCCAAAGGGAGGCCUUGAUUUGAAUAAUCUGGACUAUCACGUUGAUCAAAGCCAGGGCGUCAAAUACGCCGUCAGCAAAGUGGGCAACUUUCUUCAUGCGGUGGAGUUUGCAAGACGCUAUGGUGCUGGUUCAGAUGGCGUGGUCAGCAUCGCCCUGAAUCCAGGCAACCUCACAACAGAACUACAGCGCCACCAUGGCUGGCUGGUGCGCAAGUUGAUAUCGACCUUCAUAACAUACCCGCCCAUUCAUGGGGCCUACACUGAGCUGUUCGCUGGACUGUCUGACCAAAUCACUGCUGAGAGUGUGAAGACCAACAAUUGGAUCAUUCCAUGGGGCCGUUCUACAUCCCUUGAACGAAAAGACAUCGUCACAGCUGCCAAGCCAACGACAGAGGGAGGAGCUGGCCUGGCAGAGGCAUUCUGGCAGUGGACUGAAGACCAGAUCAAGCCUUAUGCAUAG